GGCCGGGCUAGCCGGGACUUAUCCAUCGGGGAGAAAGGUGCUUGCAUUGUAACAGGUUGGAGAGGAAGUAGAUCAAGUCAUAUUUUGGAAUACAAACAUUGGGAAAACUGGAAGGAAGGGGGGGAUAAAAGGACCAUUUUCCCACCAGGUAAUCCAGUGCAACCUGACAGUGAACUCAGAGCAGCAGGAGAAGGAGGCUCGUUAGCACCAUAAAUUUCUCAAGCUUCCCUCCACGUGCCUUCGAAAUGGAUCCCGGCGCGGACGGCAGCCCCACGGCGGACAGGACCCCCCCUUUGGAUUACGGGGUUCAGAUCCGCUUCAUCGACGGCCUGAACGAUCGGGGCAAACCCCGAAUGAAAACAGUGGUCCGCACCAACGAGCUCCCCCAGGGAGGUGGGAAGGGAAAGGGGGGCUCGUACGGCGUGGCGGUCCGCGUCCAGGGCAUCGCCGGGCAGCCCUACUUGGUCCUGAAGGAGGGGGAGAAGGGGGAUUCCUAUGGGGUGCAGCUGAAGAGCAGCGACAGGAGAGCGGGAGGCUCCGAGCCGCCAGAGAACCCGUACCCCCAACCGGAGUACGAGCGCUCCGCGAGAACAAGCAGGGAGACCGUCUCCCCCCCGGCCCCCCAGCCGAGGAGGACAGAGGAGCUGCGGCGCGCCCACUCGCACGAGUCCCUGCUGGAGAUGGGCUCGCUCGGACCCGGGUUCGAGAAUCCCUACGGCUCCGGCGACCUCCUCGGAGAGGAAGGGCCGGAGCAGCAAGGGAGGAGCGGCCGCGAUCGCCGCGACGGAGACAACCAGGAAGCGAUGUCGUCCCGUAGCUCCUCCUCUUCCUCUUCGAUCGUCGCCAGAGCCUCGGCCCGGGGAGGGACUCCCGAGCCGGGCGGCGCCAUCGACACCAAGUCCCUGCCCACGGUCGGCAGCAUGAUCAGCAAGUUCGACGGGGGCCAGGGGCCGCAGAGGGGCCGGGCCGGGGCCCGCGGCAGGAUCUCCGCGGACGAGCGGAAGAGGUCCCGCAGCCUGGACGGGAGGGACCGCUCCGGAAGGAAUUCUCUUCUCGGAAGCCUGGAUGUUCUGAUCGACACCCCCUCCUCUUCCUCCUCCGCGGUGAACGGCCGGGCCCUCGCUCCCUCCCACAGCAGCGCCAGUCUGGGCAGGCCGGCGCGGGAACCCACGGCCGGCUCGGUGACCAGCAGCCCCAGGGAUCGGAUCGGAGGCAGAGCCGCGACUGGGUCGCAGUUGAAGGUCCAGUCAGAGAUACAGCUGAAGUCGACGCCAGACCUUCUUCAAAACCAGAGGCAGCUGGGCAGCGAGGAGGAGAGGGCCAAGGAAGCCCUUUAUAACAUCCUCAGAGAGGGGAGCUCAGACAAUGAGAACUCUAUGAAGAGGAAAGUCAACCUUGUGUUUGAGAAAAUCCAAGCCUUCAAAAGCACAGCCCCCAGCACUGACUCCCGGACCCUGCUCCUGCAGAAGAGCGAGCUGGAGAGGAGAGCGUCGGAGCUGCAGAGGAGGCUGGACGAGGAGACCAAGAACCGUCUCAACUCGUCCAGGCAGCUGGACACCAGCGUCCAGAGUCUGAGGAGCGAGCUGGAGGAGACGCUGGACGAGAACAUUCAGCUGCAGGAGGUCCUGAGCAAGACCAAGAGUGAGCUGCACUCCUCCGUCACAGAGCUCAUGCAGCUGCGCAUGGAGAAGGAGGCGUUAGAGACCCGGGUUCGAGGGCUGGAGGACCACCUGUCCGGGCUGCAGGAGGAGCUGAGGGGAGACGGAGAGUCCAGCGCAGUCAAGGAGGCCCUCGAAGCGGAUGUGAUGGAACUCCGUGCUGCCCUGGCGGAGCUCUGCGCAGCGAAGCAGAAGCAGGACGAGCUCCUGCACCAGCGCGAGCGGGAGCUGACCGCCCUGAAGGGGGCGCUGAAGGACGAGGUGGCGAGUCACGACAGCGAGAUGGACCGGCUCAGGCAGCAGUACCAGAGCGACAUGGAGCAGCUGCGCAGCAACGUGCUGGAGGUCUCACAGACUCAGCUGGACGUGGAGGCGGAGCGGCAGAAGGUCAACGCGACGGUGAGGACCCUGCAGAGGCAGCUGGAGGAGAGCAGUGACGAGAGCAGCCACUGGAGGGAGCUGCUGCAGAAGAGCAAGGAGGAACUGCGCAGCACCAAGCAGGAGCUGCUGCAGGCCCGCGCGGAGAAAGAGGAGUUUGAGGAGGAGCUGCAGGAGAUCAGGGCUCGCUUCUCCAGCAUGCAGGUGGAGGUGGACUCUGUGAGGAGCACUGCAGCCCAAACCGAGCAAGCAGAGAGACUGGCGAAGGAGCUGCAGCGAUGUCGCGUGGAGCUCCAGCAGGCCCUGUCCCAGAGGGAGCAGCAAGGAGAGGCGCUGGCUCAGAGGGACAGGGAGCUGGCCGCCCUGCGGGGGGCGCUGCAGGAGCAGGGUUCGAAACACCAGGAGGAGCUGGAGACACUGCAGCAGAGCCUGCAGAGGGAGAGGGAGCAGGGGAAGAGGAGCAGGGACGAGGAAGCACAGGACAGGGUGUCUCAGCAGGUCGUGCGCUCUCUGGAGGCCCGUCUCGCUGAGGCUGGUGAGGAGAGCACGCUGCUGCGCAGGAGGGUGGCUGCCAUGGAGCUGCAGGUCACAGAGUCCCAGCACACCAUGGAGGAGCUGGAAGCAGUGGAGUGCAGGCUCCGGGACAGGCUGAACCACGCAGAGGCGGAGCGCAGGAGGCUGGAGUCCUCUCUCAGCGAGGCCGCCGAGUCGGAAUCGGGGCUGGCGCUGGAGAAGCGCUCUCUGGAGUCCCAGCUCCAGGAGGCUCAGCGCAGCCUGGCGCGGCUCCGGCAGGAGAAGCAGGAUCUGGGAGAGAGACUGCAGGAGGAGGCCAGCCAGAGGGAGGAGCUCCGCAGGAGCAAGAGCGAGCUGGAGGAGCAGAAGAGACUGCUCGACAGGACUGUGGAGAAGCUGAACAAGGAGCUGGAUCUGAUGACAGCGGAGUCGCGUGGCUUGGUGACGCAGGUGCAGGCUCAGCUGGAGGAAUUCAAAGAGAAGUCCAGGAAAGACCUGCUGGAGGCACAGAGGCAGGGGAAAGAGAGGGUGACUGAGCUGGAGAGAGCACAGGGACAGCUGCACAGGAAUCAGGAGGAGGUAUCCCGGCUGAAGCAGGAGCUGCUGAGCUGUCAGGAGGAGAGAGACAACGCUCUGCUGGACAAGGAGCUGCUGACCAACCGGCUGCAGCACCUGGAGGGGGAGGUAGAGAGCAAGAGGAGAAGCCAGGACGAGCGCUCCAGAAAUGUUAAGGGGCUCGAGGAGAAGAUCAAGCGCCUGGAGCUGGAGCUGGACGAGGAGCGGAGCACAGUGGAGCUGCAGAGCGAGAGGAUUGACCGCAGCCGAGACCAGGUUGAUCAGCUGCGUGCUGAGCUGAUGCAGGAGAGGUCACUCAAGCAGGACCUGGAGUGUGACAAGAUGUCUCUGGAGAGACAGAACAAAGACCUGAAGAGCCGUCUCUCCGUGGCUGAAGGGUCCCAGAAGCCCAGCGCCAGCCUGACUCAGCUGGAGGCCCGAAUCCAGGAGCUGGACGAGAGGCUGCAGAACGAGGAGAGAGAAAAGAGCGCGGCGCUCUCCAGUAACCGCAAGCUGGAACGCAAAGUGAAGGAGCUGAACAUCCAGCUGGAGGAUGAGAGACAACAGCAGCAAGACCAGAGAGAGCAGCUGGCUCUGCGCGUCAAGGCUCUGAAGCGGCAGGUGGACUUGUCAGAGGAGGAGCUGGAGCGCCUGGAGAACGGGAAGAAGAAAGCCGUGCGGGACCUGGAGGAGCAGCUGGAGCUCCGGGAGCAGCUGCAGAACCGGAUCAAGGUCCUGGAAAAGGAAGCCUGGUAAGAACCUUCAGCAGGAGAAGACCCGCGCU